AUGGACACUCUGCCACUCAGCCAGUCAUACCUUGAUGAAGGGCUAUUAGAAGCUGUCGAAUGUCUGGCUUCUUUGCCCCUUAGCGAUUGCAGAAAAUCCUCGCCGAGUGAGCUUGACGACUGGAGGAGCAACCAUAUCAUCCGUGCCGAGGAGCUGAUACACUUACUCCUAGAUGCCGGUGCUUCUGUUCAAGCGGCCCGGGCCUCUGCCACGGAGAAUUGGCUCUUCGGAAACACUUAUAGGGAUGAGGAACGUUGGAAGCCAUUGCAGGCUUCUGGUACAGUUCUCGGUUUCGCUUGUUCCCGAGCUGGUUACGCGUUGAUAAAACGACUCAUUGACCAAGGAGCCGAUAUACACGCUAAAGAGGUGUACGACAACGAACGUUCAAGGAUUUUUGCGACUGGGCAUGGAAACUUGUUAAGUGUCACCGCACUUCACAUCAGCAGCAAUUUUUGGAACUCAGCGGCAAUCCAAGUACUGUUUGACUACUAUCACUGUGGAGAUAAUAUCAAAAAAGCCAUUUCCUGUCGCGACAGUCACGGACGUCUACCACUUCACUGGGCAGCUAGAGGCCCCGGUCCGUGCGAAUGCAGGCUUUCUGACGAUAUAGUCAACAAUCGGAUCAUCGAUACCCUCAAUUUACUCUUGGUGAACGGUGAUAUCGACAUCAAUGCCGAAGACAACUGCGGCCAGAAUGCUUUACAUUACGCAAUAACAGCUCACGCCGGCUGUGUUGGAAGUAAGCACUUUGAUUCCCUGCUGCGUUUCUUACUCAAAAAAGGCGCGGACGCACUUCAAAUAGGUCUUGAUCAACAAACCAUGCUACACAAACUCGCCUUUCAUUGCCUCGCUGGUGGGCCUGUCGAUGGCCCUCUAAAUGAGUUCUUAUCACUUGGUAUCGAAAUCAACCACCAAGACAAGGACGGAAACACAGUACUGCACUUUAUAGCCAGAAAUUUGCGUCACAUUCAGGAGACUGGAAUCUUUAUUAGUCGAGGCGCUGAUGUCUUUCUGACCAAUUCUAAGGGGAAUACUCCUUUGCAUGAGGUUACGACAAUGGGAUCAAUUCUGCCCAAGCAUAUGAAUGGUGAAGUUGUGAAGGCUUCCCAUGAUGAACAGAGAAAGGCGCUGGCUGAAGUGGUUGCUAACUUGCUGGAGGUGGGGGGUGAAGGUAUGAUGGACCAGCCUAAUCUAGCGGGAGAGACACCGCAACAGUUGCUCGCUAGAAGGAUGGAUAUGUGGGAGCGGCUGGAGCUUGCAGCAAUCGAGAGGGAAAGGAACAAGUGCUCCGGAUGA